AGCAUCAAUGGCGGCAAAGGAUUUGGUGCUCAGCUCGACAAUGACUGGUUUUGCUUUGUGGAAUAUUCUAGUACAGAAAGAAGUCACUGACACUCGAAAGAUGAACCCGAUUAUAUUCAUAUGCAGUGUGGUAUACAUCACAUGUUUUGCUGCCUCUUUCGUGCACAUCAUGAUUUUAAGCUUCGAUAGACACCAAGUUAUAGCAAGACCAUUUAGGUACCACACUGGCGAGCUUCUACCCCCCAAAGUUGCCGCUAUUCUGAUUGGCUCCGGUUGGACUUUCUGUUUCGUCAUAGGGCUCAGUGUGACGUCACAGUCGGUGGAGCAGGCAGAGCGCGACAACGAUUUAAAAAUUGACGGAAGUUUGUUCCCCGUAUACAGGAUAUCUGGGGUGCAAAAAUGGCUGCUGGGUUGUGGGAUGCUAAUGGUGUUUGUUAUCACUGUACAGAUGCUAGUGAGCGCUAUGGUCAUUGUUAACAAGAGAGCGAAGGAACGAAAGUUGCAGCUUCUUACCGGUGUGGGGAUUCCCGAACCUCUUCAAAGCAGGAACAAUUCCGUUUGUCACGUCACGAAUAAAAGCAAAAUCAACCAAUCAACCGUGAUCGAUGAUUCGAAUGAGAACUCGGAAGCGGACGCCAAUGAUUUCCUUUUAUCUGGAGGAUUUGGUAAAGGUUUGCUUCCCAACCCAGCGUUAUGGGGAAAAGAAGAAACCAAACCAGAAGUCACAAUAUUUACACCAGUCAACUACAGACCUAGUAUAUUACGUAGGAUCCGAGAUACGUGGGCUCUUUAUUCGACCAUCUUUUGCAGUAUUGUGUUCACGCUAACGAACUUCAUCCCUUUUUAUAUUCUCAUCAUAUUUGACCCACCAGGGUCUUCGACCAUAGUAGCAGACAACACUGUGCGAUAUGAUGUCAUACCAUUCUCCUAUUGUGUCACGUGCGCGAUAUUCGAGCUCCUAUUGGCUGGCCAAGGAAUCGCGUACGUCAUCAUAUACAUUAUAACAGAUGACGAAUUCCGACCUGCGAUAUUGAAGCCUUUCAGCGCAAUAGGAUGUACGAAAACCUACCGAAAACCUCGCCGCAAAUAUUCAAUAGACCGCAGGAGGUCUAGGGUUGAAUCAGGAGUUGACUAUAACGGCGCUGGGUUACAAAUGAGAACCACUAAUUCCGGAGAUUGAUUUCCUUCUGUCGAGCAGUAUGCAUGCGCAUGUGGCAUGACCGUGACGUCGUAUUGGUGCUUGUGAAUCAGCAACGCCAAUGGUGGGACUUAAACCGAGGAUCUCUGACUUGCCGUUUAAAAUAAAGCUGAUUUUUUCCUAUGUUUUGUUUGUUUGUUUACUCAACAAGCUGCCGAAUAAACUGUUUUGUUUUUUUGUAAAUAAACCAAAAUAUGUUCCUUUCUAA